CUGUAUAUCAUGCAGGAUGUGGACCUUAACACCAAAUCUCUGUGUGGCUGUCAGAGGAAUCAGUCAUGGGAAUUCUGCUGCCGAUCCUUCUUGGCUUUCUUGCCGCUCUGAUUGGAGGGCUGUACCUCCUCGGGGUGUUUAGACAGCGGCGACCAGGAGAACCCCCUCUGGAUAAGGGGCUCAUCCCUUGGCUUGGUCAUGUUUUAGAGUUUUGCAGAAACACUCGUAAGUUCCUAGAGAGGAUGAAGCAAAAGCAUGGCGAUGUGUUCACAGUACACCUGGGAGGGUUUUACAUCACCUUUAUUCAGGACCCUCUGUCGUUUGGGUCACUUGUUAAGGAGAGCCGAGAAAAACUGGACUUCUACAAGUUUGCUGCGCAUUUGGUGCGCAGGGUGUUUGGUUACACACCCGUAGAGGGGCAUCAAAACAUUCUCCAGAUGUCCAGCAACAAGCACCUCAAGGGGGACGGCCUGGAGGUAAUGACACAAGCCAUGACGAGUAAUUUGCAGACCCUCAUGCUGCACAACAUUGACUCGGCUGAAGACCAAAGAACUUGGAUGGAGGACGGACUGUUUAUGUACAGCUACAAUAUUGUUUUCAGGGCUGGCUACUUGUCUCUGUUUGGCAAUGAGCCACAUGAGUCAGAAGGGAGUGAGGAAAAAGCCAAAGAGAAAGACAGAGCUGAAUCAGAAGCCUUAUUUCACGAGUUUCGUAAAUUUGACCAACUCUUUCCCAAACUGGCUUAUGGGGUCCUGCCACCAAGGGAGAGGCUGGAAGCAGUUAGGCUAUUGAGGUGCUUCUGGAACACUCUUUCAGUGCAGAAGAUGAAGGUCAAGGAUAACAUCAGCCGAUGGGUGUGGGACAUCCAGCGGGCCAAAGAGGAGAUGGGUAUGAAGGAGUCAAUGGUAGACAGGUACACGUUUGUGCUUCUUUGGGUCUCUCAGAGCAACACAGGACCUUCUGCAUUCUGGCUGCUCCUCUUCCUCAUGAAACACCCAGAAGCCAUGACAGCAGUGAAGUCAGAGGUCGAUAAAGUUCUGAAGGAAUUUAAGCAAGAAGUCAAACAUGGUGGCCCUUUAAUCAACCUGACCCGUGAAAUGCUGAUGAAAACACCGAUCCUGGACAGCACUGUAGAAGAGACCCUCCGACUCACCGUUGCACCUCUCCUCACAAGAGCAGUGCUUCAGGAUAUGACUUUCAAGAUGGCUGAUGGUCGUGAAUACUUCAUUCGCGAGGGUGACAGAGUGGCAUUGUUUCCUUACAUUGCCAUUCAAGUCGACCCAGAGAUCCACCCCGACCCACAGUCAUUCAAAUAUGACCGCUUUCUCAAUCCAGACGGGAGCAAGAAAACAGAUUUUUACAAGGCAGGGAAGAAGGUGAAAUAUUACAACAUGCCCUGGGGUGCUGGAGUCUCCAUGUGUCCUGGGCGUUUCUUUGCCACCAACGAGCUCAAGCAGUUUCUUUUCCUCAUGUUGGUUUAUUUUGAGUUUGAGCUGAAGAAUCCCGAUGAGAAAAUACCUGAAAUUGACCUCAGGCGAUGGGGCUUUGGAUCCAUGCAACCUGACAGAGACGUUCAGUUUCGAUACAGACUCAGAUAUUAAAUCAUUUUAAUUUUUCUGAUAAAAUGAUUUGUGAUUUUCUCUCUAAGCUUUUAUUUGACAAUUAUGUAGGAAACAGAUUACACAAUGAAGUGUUUUGUGUUUUUACACCAAUGAUGUGAUAAGCACCUUUCAUGUUUUAAUAUUGUUGGAUACAGUAUAACUACAUUGUAAACCAUUUUCUAAAUAAGAACUAUGAUUGAUUCCCUCCAGGUGUACUAUACACAAAUGCACUACUAUUUUCUAUGUUUUGAACAGUUUAUUAUGAAUAUAACUCCUCUUUCUUCUGUUUGCUAAUGAGAGAGCAGUUCAAUCCAGUCAACAAUAAUUCAGUAAUCUUUGAAUAAACAAAUACUGUUGGUUUAACAAAAUAUUGUAAAUAUGACUGCUUCUUUGCACAGCUGUUUUCCAGCAUGAUAUCCUUUCCAGUGAAGCUACAUAUCCAAUGACUCACUGUGAAUUGUCAAUGUCUAAUAAUUUAUCAAGCAAGACCAAAAGUCUACAUAACUAGUUACAUCUCAUGUCUAUGGAGGGGUGAGAACAAAAAAAAGUUGAAAAAUCUGAGAUGCCUUGCUUUGUUAAUAUUUUAAAUUAAUUUGUUAGAUUGUUGUAUCCUUAGUUCACCUUUGUUGAACAAAAGCACCUCUCUGUUUGUGUAACCUUAAUAUCAGAGAUGGCGGGUGUUAUCUAGCUUCUCUCUAAGGUAUGAGUGAUAUUUAAUCUGCCAAUCAAGACAAAAAUCUGUGGUUUUUAGGUAUGCCCAUGACUGGAACAUCACUGGACUGGUUUCACUAGAUUAAGGUCAUGGUUAGGUUUUAGGUUAGGCUUGUUCACAUGAUUAUGCAUUAAUGCUUGUCUGUUUUUAGAUUUGUUUUCAACCUGUAAUAAAGCCUUUAUUUGACCAAAAUAA